GCCUCUUCUGAUGAAUGCUCUCAAUCUAUACUCAUAGCCGAAGACGACUCCAUCCGAGAAGUGGCCGAAAACGAGUCCUUUUUGCCGAAUAGUGGCCAAAAGUCUUCGGCAAACAAUGCCAUCAAACAGUGCGAUGACAACGAUAUCAACUCAAAAGCCAGUAAUCAGUAUUGCGUUCACAACUCACCGAAGGAUAGAUAUAAUGUGGUUUUAUUUAUUCUGGUUCUUCACGGAAUCGGCACUUUAAUGCCGUGGAAUAUGUUUAUCAAUGCACAA